GCUCUCUCCGUCCAAGACACCGCGCCCAUCGCCGCGAUGGUCAACGGCGUCAACGGCGUCGGCGGAGUCAGCGACGGUGGCUCGAGCUCCGUCUCGGACACCGUCGCGACUACCCAAACGCGUGAGCUCAAACGGCGGCGUGUCAAUGUUUCUGAUGAUGGCGUCGAAGCUCACCAAGCGACAGGGCAGCCCAGUCUUCCCGGCCGCAGCUGCUUCGUCACGGUCGGAGCGACGGCCGGCUUCCGUGCCCUUCUUGAGGAGGUCAGCACCGCGGAGUUCCUCCAGUGCCUCGCGGAGCACGGCUACACCACCCUCGAGGUGCAGUGUGGACCGGACCAGGCCGUCUUUGCCAACCGCGUGGCCAGCCUGAGCGACGACGACAAGCACGGAGUCGCGAUUCACAGCUUCGCUUACACGCGCGACAUGCAAGCCCACAUCCUCAACUGCCGCGGUCAAGCGGGUGUUCGGCCCGCCGGAUGCGUCAUCUCCCACGGUGGCACCGGAACCGUUGGCGAGGUGCUGGGUAUCGGUGCCCCACUGAUUGUCGUCGCAAACCCGACAUUGAUGGACAACCACCAGCUUGAGCUUGCCGAGAGCCUCGAGGCCCAAAACAUGGCUGUCCACGGUCGCAUUCGAUUCCUCGCCGCCGCCAUUGACCGUAUCGCCGAGCGAAUCGCCCAAGGCAUGUUGGACGCCCUCCCGCCGUACUCUCCGCCGUCGUUCCCCGUUCCCGCCGCCGAUCGCAUUACGCUCUUCGAUUGGAUGGUACUGACCUGCUACCCAGACGAGCUCGCCGCCCAGAUGCACAUUGCCGACCUGAACCAGGCCGAGGCGGAUUUUGCCAACCAACGGCGUCAGCAGCAGCAGCAGCAGCAGCAGCAGCAGCAGCAGGAUAGCACCAUCAACCAAGAGAACAACGGCUUGCUCCAGCUCGAUUAGGAAUAUGAGGCUAGCAGUCGUGCUGCGCCCCCGGCGGUCAGCGGAGGCGCUACUCUGAACGGCAACACUCCUGAACUGUCGAUCAAUGGCGUGUUCCGGCCGUAUCAGGGAUCUGAAGUUGAUAACCUUGUCGUACCUGUCGUUGCUGGCGGGAUGGGUCCAUGGAAUCAUGAUGAGAAUGACGAGCUCAUCGAUUUGGACGACGCAUUGCGGCCGUUGCCGACGGUCAACGGCUACGGCACUCAUCACGAUCGCAUCAUUGGUGGCAGUCUUCCAACAGGCGGCAUCGACAACCAAGUGGCCGACUGGGAUGGAGUCUGGGGUCGGCAGAGUGAGCGGGGAGACGAUCGGGAGGAUGAGAUGGAGGAUGCCAAUACUGCCCUCGGCCGCUGAUGCGCCUUGAAACGGGGACUUAGCCGGGUGGAAGUUUCUCCUCCCACCCGGAAUUUCCACCCUCCUCACUGGUUUGGUGAUUUAGGUCCUUGGUGUCAUGAUUUUGGUUCGUUCUGUCUUGGGAACGGGGAAAAUGACCAA